UGGCGGGAGAUUCCAGCAUGGCGGUGCAGCCGAAGCACAACUUGUCCAUGGACAGCGCGUCCGAGCAUGGCUUCCUCAGCUUCAUCUUCUCCAUGCCGGAGAAACCGGACACCACGUUCAGGAUAUUCGACCGCAACGACUACUACACCGUGCACGGGAAAGACGCCCUAUUCGCGGCGAAGGAGGUUUUCAAGACUAACGGGGUCAUCAAGCAUCUGGGCUCAGGGAGCCGUAAGCUGGAGAGCGUUGUCCUGAGCAAGCUGAACUUCGAGGCCUUCGUGAAAGACCUGCUGCUGGUGCGGCAGUACAGAGUGGAGGUGUACAGGAACCACAGCAAGAGCAGCAAGGAGCACGACUGGAAGAUCGAGUACAAGGCCUCUCCGGGAAACCUGACUCAGUUCGAGGAGAUUCUGUUCGGUGGUGGAACCGGAGCGGUGGGCAGUGCGGGAGUCGUAGCCGUGCGCAUCGCCACAGGAGCUGAUGGACAGCGCGCGGUCGGCGUCGGCUAUGUGGACGCCGCGCAGAGGACCAUGGGAGUGUGCGAGUUUGCAGACAACGAGAUCUUCUCCAACCUGGAGUCCAUGCUCGUCCAGCUCGGCCCCAAAGAGUGUCUCUUAGCCCAGGGGGACAGCAACGCCGACGGCAGCAAACUACGACAGGUGGUGGAGCGUGGCGGCGUGCUGGUCUCUGACAGGAAGAGGUCAGAGUUCAGCAGUAAGGACAUGGUGCAGGAUCUCAACAGGCUGCUGCGAGCCAAGAGAGGAGAGACGACAGCCAGCAGCACGCUGCCCGAGCUGGACAAGCAGGUGGCGAUGUCCUGCCUGGCUGCAGUAGUGCGUUUCCUCGAACUGCUCUCCGACGAGUCCAACUUCAACUCCUUCAGUCUGACCACUCUGGACCUGGGUCAGUACAUGAGGCUGGACAAUGCUGCAGUGACCGCUCUCAACCUCUUCCAGGCUUCACCUGACGACACCAGCAGAAGUCAUUCUCUGGCCGGUCUGUUGAACAAGUGCCGCACCCCGCAGGGCCAGCGUCUCAUCAACCAGUGGAUCAAGCAGCCUCUGAUGGACCGAACCAAAAUAGAGGAGAGGUUGGACUUGGUGGAGAGUUUUGUGUGUGACUCUGAUCUCAGGCACACCUGCCAGGAGGACUUGCUGCGGCGCUUUCCCGAUCUCCACCGCCUGGCCAAGAAGUUCCACCGUCACACAGCCACGCUCCAGGACUGUUACCGCGUCUACCAGGCUGUGACCCAGAUCCCCCCCCUCGCCACGGCCAUCGAGAGAUCCUCAGGCAGCCACCAGGUUCUGCUGGAGGCCGUGUUCGUCUCCCCUCUCAGAGACCUGCACUCCGACUUCAUCAAAUAUCAGGAGAUGAUCGAAACCACUCUGGACAUGAACCAGAUCGAUCACCACGAAUUUCUGGUGAAGGCGUCGUUCGAUCCGGUGCUGAGUGAGCUGAGAGAAAAGAUGGACACGCUUGAUAAGAGCAUGCAGGCAGUGCUGAACAGCGCGGCCAGAGAACUAGGUCUGGACGCCGGUAAGACGGUGAAACUGGAGUCGAACGCGAUACUGGGCUUUUACAUGAGAGUCACCUGCAAGGUCGAGAAGAACCUGAGGAACAACAAGAAAUUCACCACACUGGACGUCCAGAAGAACGGAGUGCGUUUCACCAACAGCAAACUGAGCUCUCUGAAUGAGGAGUACACCAAGAGCAGGGAGGAGUACGAGGAGGCGCAGAACGCCAUCGUCAAAGAGAUCAUCAGCAUCGCCUCAGGCUACGUGGACCCGCUCCAGACGCUGAGCGACGUGAUCGCGCAGCUGGACGCGGUGGCGAGCUUCGCGGUGGCGUCCGUCUCCGCUCCGGUGCCGUACGUGCGGCCUCGCCUCUUGGCCGACGGCUGCAGGCGCAUGGAGCUGCUGCAGGCCAGACACCCCUGCAUGGAGACAGACCCGGACACGGCCUUCAUACCCAACGAUAUCACCUUUGUCCACGGAGAGAAGAACUUUUAUAUUAUAACAGGACCGAACAUGGGAGGCAAGUCCACGUUCAUCCGGCAGGUGGGUGUGAUCGCGCUCAUGGCUCAGAUCGGCUGCUUUGUGCCGUGCGAGAAGGCGGAGCUGAGCGUGGUCGACAGCGUCCUGGCCAGGGUGGGAGCGGGGGACUGCCAGGUGAAAGGCGUGUCCACCUUCAUGUCUGAGAUGUUGGAAAUAGCCGCCAUUCUCCGCUCGGCCACUGAGAACUCUCUGAUCAUAAUCGACGAGCUCGGCAGAGGCACGUCCACGUACGACGGCUUCGGGCUCGCCUGGGCCAUCAGCGAACACAUUGCCUCCAAAAUCGGCGGCUUCUGCCUGUUUGCCACGCACUUCCACGAGCUGACGGCGCUCGCAGCACAUGAGCCCAGCGUUCACAACCUGCACGUCACGGCCCUGACCUCUCACGACACGCUCACCAUGCUGUACAGAGUCAAACCAGGUGUGUGUGACCAGAGCUUUGGGAUCCACGUCGCCGAGAUGGCCUCUUUCCCGCCAUCUGUGGUUGCCAUGGCCAAGGAGAAGGCCGAGGAGCUGGAGGAGUUCCAGGAACCUGCGGGGGGGACGUCGACGCAGGAGGAAGAGCCCGAGGCCAAGAGACGACUGACGGACAAACAAGUGGGGGAAAACCUGAUCCUGACCUUCCUGGAGAAGGCGAAGUCACUUCCUGCCACCAUGAGCGAGGCGGAGCUGAAGGUGGAGCUGAGGAGAAUGAAGCAGGAGCUGGCAGCUAAGAACAACACGUACAUCACAGACAUCCUUUCCCGAUGCGUUAAAACCGUUUGAGGAUCAACAAAGAUUCAUUUCAUGUAUAAAAACAUUGGCACACUAACAUUGUAUAUUUUCCAAUAAAGAAAUAUUCCUGAAUUUGCCAUGAGUUUGUUUUUUUGAGCCAGUUGCUGUGUAAUGGCUGAUUUUCAAGGACAUCUGAUCAACAGCCAGGACGUCAUGUUCCAUGUAAACAACAGUUCUUGGAAUUGUUUUUCUUUAAAAGUGUGUCAGACAAACAUGUUUAUCUUCUGUGGAUGUGAAAGUACACCCUGACCGCUGUGUGUUGGCAGCACCACACUAAAACUAACUCGGUUAGAUGGCGAGCUGUAAUAUAUCCUCCCUCCAUGUCAGCGUUGUCACUGAAACAACUUAAGAGCACGUGGUUUCGGUCUCUGAAAUGAAUGGGGUGGUUGAAAUAAUAGGAACACCUGUCCAAAUAAUACAUUACGAUUACCUGCAGCCUCCAAAAUUGCUUUAUACUCAGUUACUCACAAGAAACAUUAAAGUGACGUUUGUUUUUAUAGCUGCUCUGUGAAUUCAAAUCCAGAUGUUACAUUUUCACCCAAAAUACAGCCUGAUAUUUUCUGUGGUUUUGAAUUUAUCUGACCUGCGUUUGUGUGUCAGCAGGUCAACACAAAAACGACUCAGUCAAUUUCAAUGAAAUUUUAUGAAGGUAUGGAGAAUGACUCAAGGAAGACCCAUUACAUUUUGAUGCGGAGCCAGGAUAUUUUUUAACACUAACAUUUGCAAGCACAUUUAGGGGACGGAGAUUUAUGGCAAUUUGGUGCAGAUCCAAUUUAAAAUCUGGUUCUAGUGAAUUUUAAAUGUGGUUUCAUGAAGUGACUGUUGGGCCGCUCUAUACCAUCCAAUAUUAUUUGCAGUUAAUGUCUUCUGUAAAUUUCCCUUUUUUGCAGAAACCUGACAAAUCACAUUUUAUAGAUCCAACAAUCAAACCAGAGCAAUGAUGGUCCCCUUCAAAACAGGAAUAUGCUCUAGACUUUGAAGAUAUCUUGCUCAGUUGCUUCCUCUGAGAACGAUUAAUAUUUUAAUAUCCCAGGUUUUACAAAGGUCAUGUGAAAAUGGAUUCUGUGAUAAAGGACCAGCUGUGUGAAAUAAAAAAUGAAGCUUUUUUCCUUUCUUCUCAGGAGCUACUGUGCAAUGAAAAUAUUCUGUAACUUAAGUCUGAGCAUUCACAUUAAUAUCAAGUUUCCAAACUCAUGAGGAUCGGCAGAAGUUACUCAACAUGUGAUCACUUUUGUUAACUAAGAUGCUUUAACAGCACCCCAGCUUUGAGUGGUGACUGUAGAAUUUGGAUUUCCAUCACUGCGAGUGUAUUUACGAGACGGACACCUCUGAUCUAAUAAAGUUUUAUUUUCUUAGAAAUGGUCAGUUUCCUGUUUUCUUUUUUUGUCUUUCUAAGAAAGUAUACCCCUUUUUGAAUUCCAACUAGCAUCUACAUAAUGGUUAUUGAAUACUUCACAAUAUAUUAAGUCUAGAUGUUAUGGUACAUGCAUACGAUUCAGGCUGCAUGAGGAGCCACAGUCACCACGAUACACGGGGGAGGGGGGGGAAUGAUGUAGGGGAUAGGGGUACUGCAGAUUGACUCAUCAGUUCCAGUUAAUAGAAGCUCUGGCACCUCCUAUUGGAACCCUCUCCACAAAACACUGACUGCAUCAACUUAUAAACAUAUACACACACACACUUUCACUGUACACAACACACAUUUACACACGCGCAUACACACCUUUAUACAAGUGUGGAGUCCCUCCACCUGCCAUUGAAGCUAAUAUACUGGAGAGGGUAAUUAGUGUUAAACGAGAUUCUCUUUCACAGAAAGAAUUUCACCACUGGGACUUCAGAGUUUCUGCAGUUUCUCUGGGUGUCGGGGAGGGGGGACGCUAACCAAAGAAAAAUAAUAAUUAUAAUAAUAUAUAAUAAAAUAAAAGACAUUCAAAUACAGUCAGCUCUUUGCUUGAAAAUACAAAACUACAUGAGAAAGCAUUGAAAUAAAAUCCAUUGAUCAGAACCUUU